CAUCCUUGACACAUCGUGAAUUACCGACAAGAACGAGUAGGAAGAGCGGAUUCGGUUUAGGUUCAUCUAAACGGAGAUUCAUUCCCUAUUUCAGUUUAUUUGAUAAGGCAGGCAGACAUUCGGCAUACAUCGCCAAAAUGAGCAACGAUAAUGAAGUGGACAUGAAAGAUGUUGAGCUCAAUGAGGUGGACCAGGAGAAGCAGCCCAUGACAGGGGGAGAUGCAAAUCAUGAUGCCAUCUCACCUGUAACCGAGAAGAAUGGAGUCGUCAAAGUGAAGAUUCCAGAUGGGGAGACAAAAUUUACUGGUCUGUCCAAAGAAGAACUGUUAAACGUAGCUGGAACACCAGGGUGGGUUAGAGUACGUUGGGCACUUCUGAUUCUGUUCUGGCUUGGUUGGCUUGGCAUGUUGGCCGGUGCUAUUGCCAUCAUUGUUCAAGCUCCUCGAUGCAAGCCCAUUCCUGAGAUGAACUGGUGGAACUAUGGCCCGCUGUACCAGAUUGGAGAUCUUAAAGCCUUCACAAAGUCUUCAGACAUUGAAGGUCUGGCUGGAAAGAUGGGUGAGAUGGAUCAGUUGAAGGUGAAGGGUCUGAUCAUAGGCCCUGUCCACGUGUCUGAAGUUAAUAACUCUGUAGAGCUGAAACUGGAUACAAUUUCCCAGGAGGCUGGUACUCUGGAGAGUUUUAAAAAAGUCAUUCACGAAGCACACAGAAGGGGUAUCUCUGUGGUUUUGGACCUGACCCCUAACUAUAAAGGUGAAAAUCCCUGGUUCAACAGGGAAAAAAUUGAUGAUGUGGCGAUACGAGUCAAGUCUGCCUUGAUCCACUGGUUGAAAACGGGUGUGGAUGGAUUUCUCUUUUAUGGUGUGGAUGAAGUUUCCACCGUAGCGCCAUCCAGUUGGAAUGAUAUAAAUGUCAUUAUCCGCAAUCAGACUGAGGGAGAAAUGAAAAAGGUCUUAAUUGGUGUGACGGAUAAGACCUCCCCUCAUGACAUAGCUGAGAUGUUGAACAGCACUAUUGUGGACCUGCUUCUGUCUGGUGCCCUGAGGUCUAAAUCUGCUCUAGGAAUUGCCCAGACUGUUGAUCAGUUAUAUUUCAAUUACAAUCAGACUAAGCUGGCUUGGAACAUUGGUGAACGUGUCAGCGGCCACCUGGCUUCACUUGUGGGGCUAGCCCAUGUUAAGUUGCACCAACUGUUGCUGCUCACCCUUCCUGGGACACCAGUGUUUAAUUAUGGCGAUGAAAUUGGACUGGAAGAUAACCCCAACAAAUCCCCACUGAUGGUGUGGCUGAAAGAAGCAAAUGAGACUUCUGAGAACAAUGAGAAGGAGGACAUGAGCUCAUUCUAUACAUUUUUCAAGGACGUGAGUCAAAAAAGAAUGAAGGAGCGCUCCCUGCAGCAUGGAGAAUACUUCACUUUGUUCAGCUCGUCCUCUGCGUUGGCCUAUGUGCGUAGAUGGGACCAGAAUGAGCGCUACAUUAUUGCACUCAACUGGCAAAAUGAAACUGUCCCUCUUCAGUUGAAGCAUGCAGAGCUUCCGGAGCAAGCUACAGUAGUGUUUAAUACUAUAACAACACCAGAAGCUGGUGAAAUACUUGACCUGGCAAAAUUUGAGUUGAUGCCAAAUCAGGGUGUAAUGUUGAAGUUUCCUUACACACCUUAAAGACAAAUUGUAAAGAUGCAGUUGGGAUUCAGAUAAAACUAGUUAAUACUAUUUGUCAUUUAGAAAUUAAGAAACACUGGUGUACAGCAUCAGGUCGUGCUUUUACAUUCACUGCAUGACUACUAAAUUUAAAAUUUUGUUACUUGGGAAACAUUCCAUAGGAUGUUUUUAAAAACUUAAAUGUUGUUUUAAACUUUUUUUUUUAAAGAUUUGGUGUUUAACUGCAAGCUGUUUUUUUGUGAAAAGUUGCAUGAAAACGAAAGCUGUGGACAAUAAACUAAGUGGAGCAGUUCA